GGUAGUCAAGCGACGUAACGUUUCCUAUGAUCUGACCUCUGGAGUCUGUGUGUAGCUGCAGCAGAAUGUCAGGGCAACAUUACAAGCCUAGCCUCAGUGAGCCUCAGGCGUCUGAGCUGGUGCAGAGAGUCUUCAGCCUGACGCCAUCAGAGGUUCGCCCUCUGCCCAGCUACGAUGACCAAAACUUCUAUGUGGCCACGGUGGAGAGCGGCGAGUACGUCUUGAAGAUAAUGAACUCGGAGGACAGCAAGAACCCCAACAUGAUUGAGGUGCAGACGUACGCCAUGUCCUUCCUGCAGCAGAACGGGCUUCCUGCCCAAACAGCCCUGCCCACCGCCUCUGGAAAGCUCAUGAGUCUGGAAGAAAUAGACUCUGGCAACGGCUGUCAGAAGUGCCUGGUGCGGCUGUUGACUUAUCUGCCUGGCACCACAGUUUCCAAGCUUCAUUUAACGCCACAGUUAUUGUAUGAAAUCGGCAGCACAGCAGCCAAAAUGGACAAAAUCCUGAAAGAGAUGACACACCCUCACCUCAGCGUGCUGCAAAGGGAGGGGUUCAAGUGGAGUCUGUCAAAUGUCCCUCUCCUGGAAGGAUACCUCUAUGUGUUGGAUGGAGACCCUCUUCAGGAGGUUGUAAAGUCUGUCAUUCAACAGUACAAGACCUCUGUGGCUGGAAAAUACCCUGAUUUCCGCAAGUGCAAUAACCACGGCGACUUCAAUGACCUCAAUGUGCUCAUGCAGCCUGAUGAGACUGACUGCUACAGGAUCUCUGGUAUCCUUGACUUUGGGGACAUGCACAGCGGCUACUACAUCCAUGAGUUAGCCAUCGCUAUCAUGUACAUGAUGAUAGAGCACCCUAACCCCAUUGAGGUGGGUGGAGCUGUCCUUGCAGGCUGGGAGAGUGUCCUCCCCCUCAAUGAAGCAGAGAAAGAGUGUCUCUAUGUGCUGGUGUUGUGCCGCUUCUGCCAGUCUUUGCUGUUAGCUCGUUACGCCGUGACCUUGCAGCCAGAAAAUGAAGAGUAUUUGAUGAUUACAUCCAGGAAGGGCGUCCGAAUUCUCCGUGAACUCCUGGAGCUCGGAAAGGAGCAGGCCGAGAAGGCCUGGUUCCAAAGUGCUGCUCAGUUUGCUGACAAAAAAUAAGGAAUGUGUGAAGGAAGCCAUUCACAAAUUUCUACGCACAAUAACUUGAUUCCACUGGAGCGUUUGUGCAAGUGAAUGAAUUCUAAAAGCAAAAGUUAAAACAAUAGAUUAGAAUAAGUGAGACAACUAUAGACAAAUAUAGAACCGCUUUGUUUUCAACAUAAGCCAAACUAGAAUAAUAUUGCACAUUGCACACACACAUAAAUAUCAGUACCCUAAACAUGCCUAAUGUUUUUCAUCAUGAUCCAUGUAUUAUUUUCUGAGAAAUUAAUCCUUCAAAUGUAGAGGAAAACACAGCCUAAAAAGAAAUUCUGAAGUGUGUCUGAGUUAGAGAUGAGCAGAUUAACAAAAACUGCAAUAGGAAGUAUUGAUACUGUAUGUUAACAAUGGAUUAUAUACUGUAAAAGUAGCCAGCAACCGAACCAGCAGAGGGUGAGUACUAAAAGGUACAGUGUGUAGAAUGUAGUGACGUCUAGUGGCGAAGUUGCAUGUUGCAGCUAAAUACCUCCGCUCACCCUCACCUUACAAACAUGAAAGAUAACCUGUGGAGGACCUGAAAAACAAGGAGGCCUCUGUCGAGAGGACCCGCGUCAGAUGUAGACAAAAGGCCCAUUCUAGUGUAAAUAAAACAAUUCAUAUAAUUUAGAUGAAACACACUAGUGAAAACCUCAGUAGUUUCGUAUACUAAACAUAUGCCAAUAGAUCCCUUUCACCAAAAUCUUGUACUGUUACCUUAAAGAAACAUGUUCAGGAAGUGCCUAAGGUCUUCAGGGUUUAUACAUUUCUAUGUACUUGGGUUUAUACAUUUCUAUGUACUUGGGUUUAUACAUUUCUAGGUACUUGGGUUUAUACAUUUCUAUGUAUGUGCUUGUGUAACAGAAUAUUCCUCUGUAUGGUAACGGGCUGCUUAAAUGGACAUUGGACUGUUUUUAUUACCUGGGACUCAGCCAGAGGUCAUGUAGGUGGGAUAUAGUCAUUGUAUGUUUAUAAGUGAGUAAGGCCGUUUAGAAUAUUCUGUGGUAGUAAAAGUUUCUGUCCACAUCCAGAAAGAAACAGGGUUUGAUUCUCUAUUUCUAGCCCAGAUAAUGUGAUCUGUGUUUGAUGAGGAGAAUGUUCAGUCCACAUCUUAUGCCUUUAAUUAGUAAAAUAAACUACUGGAUUCUGGAAGUGUACUGAUGAGAGACAUGUACGAUAUGUACUGUAAGAUAUGUCCUUUUAACCACAAAAACCAGUCAGUACAUUGAGCAUCCAGUAAUCAGAAUCAAACAGUCAACAGACACAACUCCUCUGCAAUAAACUUUGUGCCUUCAGAACAAAUUUGAAUCUGGUUUACCAAAGACACAUUUAAUGCUCUGGAACUUUUACACUAUUCCAAUGAUCUCUAUAAACAAGAGCAUUUCUUACAGUUUUUAAUAUGUUUAGUUAUACUUAGAUGUUAUAACUUUACCUGUUUCUCAUCAUGAACUGAACUGGAAACUGAAAAGCUUGAGAUUGUCAAUUUCAAUCUUUGAUUCCGAUCUGUGUAUAUAUAAAGUAGUGUGCAUAACGCCGUACAGAUAUUCUGAAGCGAAUGUAUCAAUAAUUGUUUGAAGUGAGAUGGUUGAUUGGAUGUGAAUAUUGAUGGAAACUCCUGUAUAGAAUCACUGGUGUUGAGUUUUUUGGACGAUGUGCACUGAAUGUUUUUCUUCACAAUCCAAGAACGUUGUGACUUAAUAUGGACAGAUUUCCUUUUGCUGUUUUCGCACUUGAAUCGUUGAACUUUUUAUAGCUCUAAGCUUCUGCAAAUAUUGAAUGAAGUAUACCACCAGCAUUCAAAGUGAAGCGCUCCUAGACUUACUGUUUAAAAUCUCACUGUGUAAACAGUUCUUUUUUAAAUGCUAUUAGCCUCUUCUCCGUGCUGUCAAACCACAGAUUGUGUGUACCCAUAAAUCAGGUCAAUAUGGCUAUUAUUAAAUUAAUAUUUACUGCUUCGAAAGUAUAUUUAAGCUAUUAAUCAUUUCCACAUGUGAAUGAUGCAGCAAAUGAACAAAGAAUGAUGUAGUAUUUUUCCAGUUGUGGCUUAUUCUGGUAAUGUGUUCAUUGCUCAUAUAGUAGAUCGGUGUCAUGUGAAUCAUGAAUCAGUCAGUUAACUACAAAACAUUAAAUAUAUAAGAACAGUAAAUGAGCACAACCUGUCAUAAUCAGUUUUAUACUUACUCAUCUA